CCCCUCUCGCCCCUGUCUUGUUCAUCGGACGAACAAUGCCGUGGACCCCACCCGCGUGACGAUCUGCUGCGAGCGAAGGCGAUUAAUGGGUCCAAUUGAUUGAAGGGCCGCCCGCUGCAUCUCUAGGCACAGUCGGCCGUGCGAGAAAGAUCUCCACCUCGGCGUGGUCGCGGCGUGGUCGCGGCGUGGUCUCACCGUGCACCAUGCCUUCACAGCAAUCACGUUACCCAUGCCAUGCGUGGCAUCGCAAACAAACAUCCGUCUCAUCGAGAGAGAUCGACGCCUAAACGUCCCAUGUCUUUGUGCCCUGGCUGAGUUUUGCUGCCACCUCGAUGUCUCGGGCCCACCCAUUCACCCCGCUGUAAUUCUAGAAUCUCCCUGCACUGGCGGGCGUCGACGGGGCCUUUCGCCCGAUCUUUCCGGUCCGCACGCAGAGCGAGCAAGCAAACAAACGCCUGCGCUUGCCUGCGCUGUCUGCGUCGCCUGCGUCGCCCGCGCCGGAGAACAAUGGCCACGAGGCACUUCCGCCCUGAGGAGCCUGGCGGGCCUUCGCGCUCUGAGACAGGCCUUGUCUCACUUUCCGGGCUCGGUCGCUCGACGUGAAGGCUUCACGCAUUCGCAACGCUCGAGUGGAUGCUCACCGUGCGACUGCGAGGAUAGAAGGACGAUGAUGGGUCUUCGCAACGCAGCGCAGCGAGCCGUGUGGUGAGGCGUGACUUUCUUGGCGUUGGCGAGGCGAGUGAAGAAUGGAUGCCGGCAACCAAGUUAUAAAGAGCGGGCAACCUCGUCGAUCAU